UAUUGUAUCUCGGCAAUCAUGAACUGCAAGGUCCUUCUCCUCUUGGCCGCGGCAGCUGUGGCUUCUGCUGACAGGCGUCCGUACUCCUACUCCGCCCCGCAGUUUUCCUCUGAGGAAUUCGGCCCCGCCCACUACAACUUCGACUGGAAGGUAGACCACAGUGACUCCGGCAACGACUUCGGCCACCAGGAGGCCCGCGACGGCGACGACACCCAAGGAACCUACUACGUGCAGCUCCCCGACGGCCGCCUGCAGACCGUCAGGUUCGCUGUCAACGGCGACUCCGGAUUCCUCCCUGAGGUUUCCUACGACGGAGAGGCUCGUUACCCUGACUCCUCCGACUCGUUCGAGUCUCGUGAGUUCCGUGGCUACGCCCCCCCAAGGCCCGUCUACGGUUAAGAGACACGUUUGCUAAUGAGAUGCACCCUUUCUGUUCACUGAUUUUCUAUUUAUUUCAUUCAUUAGUAAAAUUAUGAUGACGAGUCAGCAUGUAAAUAUAAACAAGAUGAUUUAUCUUUAAUAAAUGUGCAU